AUGGAAGGUACGGCGGCAAAAAAAGCGCGAGUCUGGAACCCAGCAGUUGACAACGACGUUAUCAAGGAAAAAUUCCACUCCGAUCAAGAUCAGACAUCGAAUGACACUCCGGUCGAUUUUUCUCGAGCAAGCAAUCCCUCUCUACCACUGCUGAUACAGGCAAGUUAUAUAAGCCAUUACAGUUUACAUACACAAAUAAUACCUCCCUCAUUGUUGUUAUUUCAGAACUACUUCAACUUGGCACGUUUUCAACAGCAACGAGUCGUCGAAGAGGCAAUUCGUCGUGGUUUGACACAGCCAUUUCCAAUGCAAGUCAUGCCGAUGAUGGCACGACCUCCCGUCCUUCCUGCUAUUAUGCCUUCACCACAAGCUAUUGCCUCGCUCAUGCCGAGCUCGGUCGCUUCCACAUCAGCAGCAUCAACGGGCAUCUCAGCCAAUCCACUUGUACAGUCGGCCCUGGGAGUGACGGCAAUGGCAAACGAAAACUGCUGUGCGAUCUGUGGUUCAGCUUUCCGCCUCACGGCCGAUCUUGUCCAACACAUGCGAAAUAAUCACCGAAGAACACGUUUCAAACGUAAAAACGAGAAAGCCUUUGUAUGA